AUGUUAACUCUCCGCGAUACUGAUGUCAUGUCACAUACCCUCUCUUUCCUCUGCUUUUCUUCCUCCUUCUUUCGCUUUUCAUCUUCUUUAGCCUGUUUCUCUUCUUCUUUCUGGCGUCUUUUCUCCUCCCUCUCCUCUUCACGCUUCUUCUUCUCCUUUUCUUUCAAUUUACGUUCCUCUUCUUUUUCUUCAUCACGCUUUCUCUUCUCCUCUUCUUUUGCUUUUCGUUCUGCUUCCUUUUUAGCCUUUUCCUCUGCUUUCUGCUUUUCUUUAGCCUCCUUGCUUGCGGGUGAUAGUUUGCGUUUUUUAUUGGGGUUAGCUGGCUUCUCUUUAGGGGUAGAAGGAGUUUCACUAGUGGUUAUAUCAAUUGAGGCUUGA